UUUGCACAUGUCCCACCAAAUGGUAUCAAAAAGACCGGAAAAAUCGUCCCGAUGGUAUUUCGGAGGAUUGGCAAGUGCUGGUGCAGCAUACUGCACGCAUCCGUUAGAUCUGCUGAAAGUGCUGUACCAAACGGACAUUCGCAACAAUGUGUCCAUGCUGCAAUUAUCGCGCGAAAUAAUCAGAGACGAUGGAUUUACGGCGCUGUACAAUGGCGUAUCUGCCGCACUAUUACGCCAGCUCACGUAUUCAACGACCCGUUUUGCAAUUUACGAAAUUGGCAAGCAAUCCGACUAUGGCAAGGAUAGUGGAUUCUUCGGUAGAAUUGUAAUGGCCGCGAUCGGUGGUACGGUUGGCGGAUUCGUUGGUUCACCGGCCGAUCUUAUCAACGUGCGUAUGCAGAACGAUGUAAAACUACCUCCAGAAAGGCGUAGAAACUACAAAAAUGCAAUCGAUGGAAUUAUACGUGUGUGGCGUGAAGAAGGAUUCCGAAGGUUGUUUGCAGGAGCCAGCUCAGCCACCGCUCGGUCCGUGUUUAUGACAAUCGGGCAGCUAACGUUCUACGAUCAGGCCAAGUACACGCUGUUUGAAACGGGCUACUUUACCGAUAACAUCGGUACGCAUUUCCUUGCCUCGGUCAUUGCCGGCGGUAUUGCGACUACGAUGACGCAGCCAAUCGAUGUUGUAAAGACGGUUAUGAUGAAUGCGAAGCCGGGCGAGUUUAGUAGCAUCGGUGCUAUUUUGCGACACAUCAGCAAGCUGGGACCGGUGGGAUUUUUUAAAGGCUUUGUGCCCCGCUUCAUUCGACUCGGGCCACACACGGUGCUGACGUUUAUAUUUUUAGAGCAGCUGCGAAUUAAUUUCGGUGUGCUGAAAACACAAUAA